CGAAAAUUAAAGGCCGUCCCUUUUGUCAGCUGUGUGGCUGACCUACGCUAGCUGGUUCCUCUAACACUUGUUGCUACCUGAGCGCCGUCCCGACGCCUAACAUCAAGGUCUCCCUGCAAUGGACUGCAAAGACCUCAGUGACAGCCUGAUUCGGCUGCGGCGCUUCCUUCGCACGGGCCUUGAAGGCAGCCGCUACCAUGCUGGCGGAGUGGGCGGAGCGGGCACCAAGUUUUCAAGCGAGUCGGCACCAACAAUUCACUCAAUGGUUGAGGGACCGUACGCCUACAUGGUGAUGGAAGAGCUGCUCCACGUUAUGAAAUCUAAUCAGAAGUCUCAGUGGCAGGCAGCAUGCCCGGAGGCCGUAGCCUAUUCACUGGCAGUCUGCGCAGCCUCGGACCACCGGCCGACCAAGGCAGCUGCUUACCUGGCUUUCAGGGAGAUUUGCAAGUGCCCUUCGCAGCUUUUUGCGGUCACCCGCUAUCUGGAGCAGGUGAGCGAGGGAACUGGCUGGGGCCGUGCCCACCGCCGAGCCGUGGCCCAUUGGUACUCGGCUGGAGAGUACGGCAAUGCCCGGCAGCUGGCGGCGCAGGCAACACGUGUAGUGCGGCGCCACCGGUGGACGCAUGCCGAUCUGCUGCGGCUUGCACAUGUUAGACCGCCCCAACACAAGCCAGGUGUCGCCGUGUUGCUCCGCUACUUGACGCACGGCCUUCCAGCGGCCGCCAAGCUGGUGGAAGAGAAGGAAGCAGAAGGAGGCAGCGUGGCAGAAGAGGCUCGGGAGGUCCUCGCCUACCUGCAGGCAGUGCAUGAGGUGCGGCACACCAAAGAUGAACAGGUGGCUGCCCGCCUCAUGGAAGAACACCAGCUCACCCUAGAGCAUGUGCCCUCGCACCUGCUGCGCUCCAAGGAGGUGUGGCUGUAUCUGGUGCGCCGUCUGCCCCUGCACGAAUUGGUGAAGCACGUGCCGCAGCUGUCAAGGGCGGGACUGCUGGCACGAGGUCCCCUAGUGGGGGCACUACGAGAGCGUCUACAGUCAGCCUGUAAGGAGGACUGCCCACCGGUGGGGCCUCUGGAGACGUAUGUCCUCAAGCGCAGCCUGGAGGCGGGACGUCCCAAGCACCACAACCACCACCACCGGUCAUCAUCGUCGCACCAGCUGGAUGAUGUUGUUGCUGCCCUUCAUGAGCACUCAUUCAGGGCAGUACCCCCAAAUGGCAUGCGCUACCUGGUAGCUGUGGAUGUCCGUGGCCCCAUGACCCAUGCGCGCACCCGUGGUCUUGAUGGGCUGACGCCCGCUGAGGUGUCGGCACUGCUUCUGCAAGCACUGGUACGCUCAAGGGACGCGAUCACUGCAGUGGCCUUCUCCGCAAGGGGCCUGGCACCACUUGACCUGGACGCUCAGAUGAGCCUGGCCGACAUCAGCCGACGCCUGCGCGAGACGCCGAUGGGCCCAGUGGAUGUGUCACUUCCGCUGCAAUGGGCCCGUGAGCAAAAGCGUGUCUUUGACCUGGUGCUGGUGUGCACCGACAACCAGACUCAAAGCUGGUCCGUCCAUCCCGCUCAGGCCCUGAAGGAGUACCAGGAGAGCUGCAACAUUCGCGGUCUCAGGUUCGCGGUGUGUGCGAUGUGCAGCCAGGGCUUCUCGCUGGCACCUCCUGACGAGCUGAAUAUGCUGGACAUCGCAGGCUGCGACAGCCGCACCAUUCACCUGAUAAAGGAUUUUGCUACAGGCCUCUUCUGAGCUCCCAUCCAUUUCUUUCCUGUUUCAUCGUAGCUUUGGGCUCAUCUCCUGGAAAAUCUGAACAGGACAGCAGUCUAAGCUUGUUCCCAGUGCCCCUCAGGAGCACUUCCCUUGGCAGGCACUCCUAUCGCCCCUUCAGAAAAGCACGGUUCUGGUCUCGUCUCCUACCUGAAUGGCAAGAGCAACUUCUGAUGAAAUAGCUGUUCUGUCACUGACCCAGGUGCAAAGCAGGCGGGUAACUUUGUCCUCGCAUUUUUUCCUUCCUUCUGUCAUUCUUUGUGGUACCAGUCCUGAAAUUUUUUGUAGAGUGGCUAAAGCACUGAAAUGCUAACGGAAAGCGUGACGAGCAGGCAAUACAGCAGUGCGUGUUUUUUGUGCCAGUCUUUAGAAUGUUGUUGUCUUCCUAAUCCUAGUAAGACAGUAGGCAUUGGAGCCUUGAAGUGAUCGUCAUUGGCUGAAUAAGGGGAAGCCUUAGGCUGGAGCAAACAUUUUGGCAAAGUCGUGGGCCUUCAUCAGGCAACAAAACAUAAAUGCUGCCAUGAAUGUACAUGAAUGCUGCCAAGAAAACUGCUUACACAUUGCAUUGGGCUUGUUGGUUUUUUAUUAUACUAUACCAGUACUAGGGAACGAGACUUGAGACGAGACGUGUUGUGUCAGUUUUGUUUUGUGUGCCGUUUCCCAGCGCUGGUACCAGAUAACUGCCAUGAAAAGCAGUUCUUGCCCUGAUGAAGAUAAGUUCCAUUGAAAUGUUUGCUCUAGCUGGCUUUCCUUGUUUUCUCGUUGUUAACCAUUCUCUUCUUCAUGCAUUAGUUGCUCUGAAGGCAUUUUACUCAGUUUGAGAAUUGUGUGAAGCGUGAUCACCUUCUCUUCUGCAAGGCAUGUAGCAGUGGUGUUUGAAGAGGCAGAAAAAAAAACAACGCUAAAUCUGGAAGGAGGCACAAGACAAACUCUCGGCGUUAGCCAGGUACAUGUCUUUCUCUCAGGAAAAGCAUCAAGACAAAAACAAAGGGAGGCAUAAAGAAAUGGAAAAGAGUGAGGCAGAAGGAGAAAACAUCGCCACUCUGAUUGCGAUCGAAUGCAAGUGAAAUGUGCAUCGCUUAAUAUAACCUAGUUUAGAAGUUUCAAGUUUGCAUGUAAGUAGGUCUUAUUUUUCGGCGGUGUUUACCUGAGCAUGGCCUUGGUGCAGCCUAUAUAAGUACUGACUCGUUUGAUGUGUGCUGCCAUGAUCGAAGCAAGAGGACCUGCUUGGUGUUGAAAAUGGGGAAGGAGAGAUUGGAGGUAGUUUCGUAAAAGAAAAAAUUGCUAUCCAACCGAAUGUAGAAUUUUGGUACAAAGGGACCCAUUAAAAAGGGCCUGCUUUUAAAAAGCAAUCUUGCCCAGUUGAAGAAAAAUUUGGCCAUCUCAGGAUUUAUUUUGCUUCUGUAUUAUGAUGGUCUAAUAGAUCUUAUGUCAAUGCGAUUCUGCUGGAGAUAUUUGCUUCAGUGGACACAAUACCAAAUUUAAAGCAAAUAUAUAUUUUCAAGUCAUCAGACUUGUUCCACUCUUUCUGUAGUGCCGCUGAAAGAGAAAUGGCUGAUUUAAUGGGAUUUUGAUGCUUUUGGUGUAAUGUAACUUCAAAUGCUUAGCCUUUGUUGUGACCAUCUGUUUCUGGCUUCUCAGUCAAUUUGAAGUCAGUUAUCAUGCUUCCCACCAUGUGUUGUCAGCAGACUGAUUUCAUGGCACGUUUCACCAUGCCAAUGCUUCUGCAGAGUUAUCAUAUUUACGAGGUUGUAUUAUGGCCGAUGCUGGCUAAGUACUUCGUUUGUCGCGAAAAGAACUCAAUGCUGUCAUGCAUUUCCCACAGUGACCUAUUUUUGCAUGUACUAUACAGCAAACUUUUGCCUAUUACCCGCACUACAAUUUUGACUUGUGCAAAAAAAAAGAAAGAAAUCGUCCCUAUAAACAAACAUGAAUGACUGCCUGCAAGAACAUUUGCCGAUACAAAGCACAGCCCUAGAAACAAUCUCAUUUUUCAUUUUUCAUCUCGGUUUUCCUCGCAUGUACACCCACUCCUGCCAUAGCCCUAACGGGCUGCAGUAUGUAUAAAUAAAUAAAAUAAAUUUUAUGCAGUCAUGAACACUUCCGCUACUCUAGUAAGUUUUUAAGGGGCACUAAAGAGAAAUUUGAAAUUGAGGCUGAUUCAAAAUUUAAAUUCCUGGAAUAUACUGGAAAAUUCAGGUGUUGCUGUGAAUUGAGGUUUGGUAAGCCAGAAAAGUGAAGCUGGGCAGGCUGUGUAAUGCGUAGGGCGGAUAACCGGUGAAUCGUUACUUACAAAAUAGGUUCCAAGGGAAGGGAAGCACAGUCGUGGACAGCAGAAAACUAGGUGGGGUGAUGAAAAUGGGAAAUUUGCAAGCGGAAGUUGGAAUCGGCUAGCUCAAGGCAGGAGUAAUUGGAAGUCGCAGGCCUUUGUCCUACAAGCAUAGAAGUAGAAAUGAUGAUGAUGAUGAUGAUGAUGAUGAUGAAGCCAGAAGGCUGCAAGAACUACAAAGGGGUAGUGAAGUGCUGUAGGAGUUCAUGCACUGCCCAAAAUGUUACCAAUCUUGGCAGUGUCGACUCUAGAAAGGUCUUUAUGAAUAAAGAAGGUCUACACUGUAUUCCGAGGAAGCUCCUUGGCCAUACUUGGCCCUUAUGCCACAAAACACCAAAUUCAUCAUUCUGAGCAAGCCAACGGCUCGCCUAAGCAACCUUUGAAAACUUUUCCCUGUGCGAAGGUGGUCCAAAUACUCGCGGGUUCGGUCCUGGCCACUGCGGCCACAUUCUGACGGGUGCAGAAUGCAAACAUACUAAUGUACCGUGCAUUGUGUGCAUGUUAAAGAACCCCAGAUGGUGAGAAUUAUUCUGGAGCCCCCUACUAUAGGUUCGCCUCAUAAUCAGGUCGACAGAAUUUAAAGAGAGACCAAGGAGAAAAACAACUUCAGCUGUACUAGUAAGUUACCCUUCUACAAUGCCAAAAAAGCUACUCUUAUUAUGAGGAGGAAGCAAUAUUGCUCACGCACUUAGGUGAUUUAGGUGCACAUGAAAGAAACCCAGGUGGUCAAAAUUAAUUUGGAGUUCCCCACGACGUCAUGCCCCAUAAUGCACCUGCCAACCCUCUCGAAUGUUUCUUAAUGUUUAUGAACUUGGGCUUCUUUUACAAUUUUAGGAAUGUCCCAUCAAGUUUUACGAAAAAUGCAUUCUGUUUGCGAAAUAGUUUCACUAUCGAUCUCGAAACUUGCCGUUUGAAGUUUUCCGAUGGUAAACAAAUGACAGGGUGGCACUUGCUUCGAGCAAGCUUAUACAUGCAAUUUCCUAAACAGGGCAAAAUCGGCAACAGCAAUAUCGCUGAAAACGUACUGUUAUCCGCAUUGUUGCUUGUCAGUCUCCACUGUUCCAUGUUUGCUGCUGCUUGUGUGCUGUGGCUCAGGGUCUAAAGAGUCGUUUAAUUAUUAAAGUGCGUAUGUAGCCCUCAAAAGGCAUGACGGUUGCAAGUAUGCUCAUAAUCAGAUCUUGGUUGUUUAAAUUGAUUUAGUGGUGGUCUGUAGCAUCCCUGUGAAGCACAGUACAGCUUCAAAACAGUGAGAAGUGCAUUGCCAUGAAGCUGCAUGUGAAGGCUAUUUUUGUGUAUGUAAUCGGUUGCAUUAUACUUAGCAAUUCGUGAAGUCUUGGUGUGGGCUGUUUGCACAGAAAUACAAUAUGUACCAUAGCACAGAGAAAAAGUGGAGACAUUGCAUGGAGUGCAAACCAUUAUUGCCCACAGAGACCACUUGCAAAACCUGCUGUGUGUCUGUAGCCGUGGCUACUGAUCGUACUAUUUCCGUGAAACCCUGAGCACAGUAGCGAGGGUAUGCAUGUUGAAUAUAUUAGCAAUGCAAAAGAUGGUGUGAAGACAGGAGAAACACGCGGACCCAACGUUUUGCUUGUUGGUUUUGCCUGUCUCUGCCGCCCACCCACUCCUCCUUUCUAUUUUUUUAUAUGUGUAGCAUUUUUGGAGAUUAACCGCGAUUUCUUGCGACUGUCAAACUGUUUUCAUGGGCCAAUCCCAAAGAUGGUGCAAUCUAACACAUUGGUAAAAGCCGCAUGACAGUACGGCACUAGCAUGCUACCGUGCAGCAACACAUGGUGGCGCAUUGGCAAGGGGAGUGUUCUCACAUUCUUCCAUCGUGACAGCUAGCAUUUGUGAGAUGUUGCAGCCAGAAGCAGUCACAGACAUUGCACAGGGUUCUGAACUGGUCCUUAAUGGGACACUAAAGCGAAACAAUAAAUCAGUUUAGACUAAUGAAGCAUCAUUUGAGAAACUUGCAGGCAGUCAUUUCAAAAAUAUAGUUUGGUUAUCAGAUGAGAAAAUGAAGGUCCAAGUAUCAGUAUUUGAAUUUUGCGCCGAAACCCCAGUGCCGGUACGUCAGCGUGGCAGCAGGGAUCCCAAAGUAUGUUUUCACAUUUGGGCCGCGUUGGCCGAGUAAAGGUUCCCUAAACUUGCCAUAUCUGAUAUUUGGUUCCUUUAGAACACAAUGUAGUCAAUCUGUACCGCUAUAUAUGAUUAGUAGGCCCUAGAAGAUGCCACCAAAAUCCAAGACGUCGCAGUCCCCAGGUGCAGGAACUUAAGUAGGCGUCGCCACCCGUAUUUUGUUCUUGUGCUUUUUCUGGCUUACCAAAUGUCUUAUCGUUGUAAGAGUGGUGUUUCUGGUGUUGUAGAAUGGUAAUUUACUGAUGCAGAAGAAAUCAUUUUUCACUUUAGUGUCCCUUUAAUGAAGUGGCGCUUGAAGUACUGGUUGGCUAUUGGGUAUGGGUAAGGGAAGCAUGCAUGGUAAGGACACCAUCACCCAUAGCACGUAGUGGAACAUAGUGCCACAAAUAACCACUUCCCAAAGCAUGCUAAAUGCAUUUUUGGAUAGCAGUUGGGGUUGAUUCUUCAUAAAAAAAGAUUAUUUUUAUUUGUUUGUGUUUUUGUUGUUAGUAUGUUGAUGAUGCAUUAACAGGCCCAAGUUCUAACGCAAUUAGCAUGGCAAGACAGGUUUAUUAGCCCCGAAUUCUGCAUUGGCUUCUAGCAAGUGCAGAUGCUGCAUGUCUGCAUCGAGAAAGGCCAGGAGUGCAAAAAGCAAGGUGAUCUUUUGACAUUGCCAGUAGCCUGGAAGUGAGGUCAGAAAAGCUUCACCACAAAAACAAUACCUCUUGUUCUAGCUCUGUGCACUCUGUACAGGGUGUACUGAUGUAAAGUGAAUGGGAGACAUGGUUACGAAAAUUCAGCGCAAACACAAGAGACAUAGAAGGAUGUUCAGUGCUUGUGUAUUUCCUUCUGUGCCCCUUGUGUUUGCACUGAAUUUUCGUAACCAUCAAUCCAGCAUUCCAACUAGCCCAAUCAGCACUCUUGAAUAGGAGAACUGUUAAAAUAAAGAAAUCUGCUUUGCAGCAUUUCUUUUUCCUAUUGUGAGAAAUAUUGUAAGUCGUAUUCAGACUUGCACUUAUGCUGGAGUUGUACAUUGGAGGCGUGAUUGUUUCCUAUCAGAUCGUAUGUACCCCACUAUACCAUUUAAUGGCUUAACUUGAGACCAAAACAAAUUUAAACUAGCCAAGAAUGAAUGCUUACCAAUGUGCAACUCGGAUAGGGUGCCAAUUUUGGAAGUGUUCAGACUUGCUUUAAUGGGAAGCAUUCUUGGGCUCAUCCAAGGCAUCUUGUGGUAGGUAUGUAGGUAGGUUAUUGUUUUGCAUCAUUUCAGGCCUCUUCAAUAAAGAUGAAUUUAAGUGUCUAAUCGAUGGCAGGAUCAAACCUCAGCCAACAGCCUGAUGCUCUCUCUAACCAUUCAGCCUCGAUAACAUGCAUGCUUCUAUUUUUCCAGCACGAACUAGCUCUUUCAGACAUCUGGGGUGCGAUCGGAGAUGGUUGUUCGGCGCGUUCGUUCGGUUACUGGCGCACGCAAUUGGCCUACUCCGCGCCGACGUCGCCAGCCGCGGGGCGCAGCCACGUUUUUGGUGACGUCAAAAUGACGACACGCUCCUGUCAAUCAUCCUCCCACUGAGCAUUUCAUCUGCUAGGCACCGAACUCGACGGGAGCUGGGAAGUUUGGAGCAAUCAUACGGCUUCGCAUGGUGCGUCUGGUGGAUUGGAUUGGAUCCAACCGGUGGCUGCGGCAUGGCACGUUUGGAUCCAAUCCAUAGUUUAAUUCAAGAAAAUGGCGCUUCCGUUGAGAAGUUAGGUUUUGCGCUGGCGUUUCUAGAGGAAGGAGGAGAGCGGGUGGCGGUGCGAAAUGUGUUUAAAGAAAUGGCAGAAAGUGAAUUCCGGAGUCCUUUUCGUUUCUCGAAACAAAUAAUUCAUUGGUUGUACAGCGAAAUCGACUCCAUCAUCGGUGCCAGCAAGCCACUGGAAUGUUGUCACUACCUCUUGAAAAGUGCGCCACUCUUCCCGUCGUUUCUUUUUCUUUUAUUGCGAAAGCAAUACUGCUCACACUUUCAGCCCAUCGGUGGUCGUGGCGCCUCCUUACACAGCUGCGCGUCACGUGACCGUGUGACGUCAUGCCAGACCGAGAGACAGGGCCCCAGCUCGCGGCAUCGAUGGUGGAGGCGAAGCCUUGCGCGCCGCUGCUGUGGCGCUACCGAGAGAGGGCGCUCGCUGGUGUGACGUCACGCUAGGAGGAUAAAUGGGGCUACAGCUCGGCUCCUCGCAGUGGUUGGCGCGCUGCCUUGCGCUAUGUCGGAUUAUGUAUAGCCAUAAGUUUAACAAAGGGCAACCAUGUCCACACCAUCAGCCGAACGAAGGCGCAGCCAAGGGUAUUGCUUUCGCAAUCUUCCAGGCUUAACCAAGCUAAGCCUUCAACCAAUUUCUUUUCUUCUCGCUGUGUGCGACACCACCUAGGGACGACACAAAGAAACUAAUGGUUAUAAAUUGCAGUAGUCACACAUACUACUAUUUGAUAACCUGUUUGGGCUUGAGAAGAAAAAAUACAUUUUUUUAGGUAAAGAUUUCAUUCAUUUGGAAGACAAGAAACAUUUCGUUUUGUAGUAUACUGUCCGCAAGCAGCGGCAAACGACGGAAGUAAACUUCCGGGGAGGUAACCGCUUCCUGAGUGGCUGCUCUUUCCGCCCCGUUGUCACAAAUUUUGCAUACUGCCACAUUGUGACGUUGCAGCAACCAAACAGAACGCGUAUCGAACAAAAUAUCUCCGAACGCACCCCUGGCGUGUGCGGCACGUCACACAUAAUAAGCAAGAAUAUGUGCUCACAGGCCAGUUUCCGUUCAGCUACAGACUUGGGAAUGAGACAUGCUAGUAUUAGUCGCAUCAUUUGCGUGCGUCAUGUCACUUGUCACGCUUAUCAAAGCAAGAGUGUGCAAGUUUCUCCUUUUUUUUUCCUUCUGGCAGCUAGCUCUUUGAGACGCUCAUGUUAGUCUGCACCACCUUCAGGAUCGGCCCUACUUUUAACAAAACAGGUUGUAACAUUUCUUAGCCGGAGUACAAAAAAAGCAGUUGCCAUGCCAUUGCCGUCACACUAAUGUCGCCGCCACCUUCUUGCAGCUGCGUUGAAGCAGACGUUUGUCAUGCACAAAAUUGCGUGACAUACACAGAUGUGUUUGUCCAUCUUUGCAGGUGUUUGCAAGGUGUUUGUCCACUUUGCAGAACCCGAAAUGGUGCUAGAUAGCUAGCUGCGCAUGAUAUUUGCAUUUUUCUUUUCUCAUGAAAAUUUAUGCCUGUCAUACUGCUUUUAUAAGAAAUGUGUACUUGACAUGAAGUGAUGCAAGAAGUGACAUCUGUCGAUGAAUGCCAGUAAGUUCAAUGGAAAAUGCACUGUCACUGAGCUCGACACAGCCCUAGCUCUGGAGAGUUCUGCCGUAUUUAUCCGAAUAGUGACUCUGCAUUAGCGUAAAGUUGUACAUGCACGCUCCACCCCCUCCUGCCCCUCGGCCCAUAACGAUCCAAGGCCUGUGUGUCGCUACAAAAUGGUUCAAAACGUGCAGUUCUUAAAAUUGCAAGUCAUGGAAUCAUUUUGUAAGGGUUGCACUAGCUGUGGAACUACAAGACCUGGCACAAUUUUUCAGUGUGGUUGCCGUGUGCCAAACUUGCUUGUAGCGCCAUCCUACAUUUGUAAUGUCAUAGCACUUUUGGACCAGUACUAGUAGUCACUCUCCUUGAUAAUGCAGAAAAUGAAACUGCACCUGUAUUGCAAGUUUGUUACGCUCUUACACGUGUACACAGUGAGUCAGAAUUGUACGUGGAGUGUGGCGCUAUCACAUUUCAUUGGGGUUUGAGCCCUUGUAGCCUCACAUAACCAGAACCUUGUUUGCGGUGCAGAAACACAUUAUUACUUCGAAUGACAAAGGCUCUCACAGAUGGUGAAAUUUUUGCACAAGCUUUGUGCCUACUUGCAAACUCGCUAGAGAUCAUGUCGCAUGGGUCACAUGGUAUGUGUCCCAUUGGCUGGUACACAUGCAGGUUGCGAUCCUGGCACCACACAGCGAUCUUGUGUGCAACAAUGUCCAGAAAUUGUCACGCUUCCAGUUCGUAUCGUGUCGUUCACAGAACUGCGACACUCUAAGGAAAAGUUAAAACCUUUAGGGGUGUAUCUUGUUCCCAAACAAUAAUCGUCAUCUGUCAGGCUUGCAUUUCCUUUCUUGAAAACCCUGUUCUUGCUACUUUCUUAUGAAGAAUGCUAUGUCAUGCUGAUAGUGUGCAUGUAAUUCAUGACCUGGAAGUACUGGGGGCACAGCAUUAAAGCAUGGAAAAAUGUGCAAGCUAAGUGACAAUUAUUGUUUGGGGAUGAGAUAAGCCCCAAAGUGGUGCAAACUGUUCCGACGGUGUAGCCUCGUGAAUGCCGCAUGAAUAUUUGGUCACCUUUAAUUCUGCACGUACUGUUCAAUUGCAGUUUUUGCUUAUCUUUUAACUCAUUUGAGAAGCUCUUUAUAGUGUGGCUAUUUUCCACACGUUCCUUUGUUUACUUGCUGGUGUCAGACAUUUUUUCUUUUUUUUUUUUCGCAACCUAGGGGAGAAGGUUUUUGUUAUACCAGGGAUGAACACACUGUGUAGGCUACUGCAGCUUAACAUUGCUGCCACGUUUUCACGACUCGAGCAGCGCCACCUGUCACAAUGUCUGCCGAGGAAUGCACUUCACAUUGUCAUGCAAUAACCAUGCAGUAUGUCAGGAGCCUUUAUGGGCAGUCGUAUUAGUGAGCAAGCAGUUAUAUUCAAACUGAUGUGAACUGUGGUGCAGGAUAACUCAAUACUCUUGGGCAGGCUCUGCUUUACAUUGCGAGGUGUGACGGCCCGGAAAGUGUAGCCUAGUGACAUCUGCAGCAGAUGGCGCUACUCGUAGUUUAUGAUGCGGCAGUGCCCUUUCGUGGCGCACUGGUGUUCAGAAAGUUACACAUAUUUAUGUAUUACAUAAUGUCUCUGUAUUCAUUGCAUGUGUUAUUUAUAAUGCUUGUAGUGUGGUGCAUGCAAUCUUCCGUCGCAUUUUGAUAGGUUUUGCAUUGUAGUAUUUCCUAUAUAUAUAUAUAUAUAUAUAUAUAUAUAUAUAUAUAUAUAUAUAUUCCCUUCUUAUGUGUUUGUUAUGGGUCUUGAAUCGAGCCCUUGCCGUGUCAACCAUUACUUGCUCCGGCAAAUGUCCAUUAUGUAAAGUUGGCUGAACUGUUUUAGCUGAGUGUUAUUCUGUUUUGUUUUUUGCUGUUUCGAAUGCUAUUUACUGAAACUCCCGCUGCUUGUUAACUUUGCAACACGUCUUGCAUUUCGCCCGGCUUGUUUUAAUGACAUGGCCUAUGAGCCCAUUGCUUACAGUUGGUGUGCAUUUCAAACAGAUCUUGCAAGAGGGUGACAUGAUUUCGACGCAUGCAGGAGCACGUCAUGAUUUAUAGUGUGAUUUCUGAUUGACAUUUGCCUAUCAAAGCAAGAAGAAAAUAUGCAACAAGUCAGCUGCUGGUACUCUUGUGAACAUUGCAAAUCCAGCCAUCUCGUGAAAGCCAUACAUUAGUCCGAUCACAUGCUGUAGCACCCAAAGCAGCGGCAUGGUCCGUGGACAUGCAUAUAGCAUGAUCACACAAAGGGCCCAUUUUGCGGUAGUCUUGUCAUAGUUUUCAACUUUGUCAGCUUGUGCUAUACGUCGCCCACUAGCCCAAAGAAAUGUGCUUGAUGUUCUUUAUGUUCUCAUCAACAGACCAGAAGCCAUGUACUAUGGACAUGGCUUGCGUGCACUUCAUCUGAGCCAAUUGAGUGCACAAAUAGGCAGCUGUUACAUUAGACUUAGUGUGAACUGAUCAUUGCAAAUACAAUAUCUGAAGCAAUUAUCUUUAAUGUGUUGUUGUUGCCUGAUUGACAAACGUAUAGAAGCAAGAAGAAGAAAAAAAAUUAUAAAAUGUGGCACCCUGUAGUUGAUGUUGGGAACCACUAGAGCGACAUAAUUGUUUUAAUAUUUGGUCACGAUUGUAGUAGGUUGUAUUUUCCUGCUGUUACAAAAUCAUUUAGGCUGUGCUGCAGUUUUACAAUGUUUUACAGUACUUUUAAGUUUCACACUUAUGUGAUAAGGAAACAGUUUCACGUAGCAUUACGAGUUUUAAACUUUGCUGUCUUGCAAGUGUUUCAAUUCUUAAACUUUCCGGUGUUUUGUGAAUAUUUCAGCAUCUUCUGACCUGAUAUUUAAUCAAUGCUGUUGCAUGGCAUCAGCGUAAAGACAAUAACAAGCUGUUCUCUUUUUCAAAGGCAGCCUUGUUUAGCAGUGUGUUUCGUUGCUUAGAAUUAUGAUACUGGUACUGUAAGCUCAGACAGGUUGUAUGCUUGAACAGUCAAUGGCUAAAGUGGCAACAUUCUUAUAUGCCAAGUUUACAUGCUUAAAGGGACACUAAAGAUGGCAUCACGCAUGAUUUGAGGAUUGCCUUCCUGAAGUAGCAAAUAGUAUUUUCACUGAAAUCAGAAAUAUGGAAUGCCGGAACACAACGUACAGUAGGCGCCCUAUUAGACGGAAGUGAAGAUCUUUGCAAAGCUUUUUACCUUUUUGGUGUUGCUCUACACAGCACAAAGUCAUGGUUUUGGUUCCCGGCUGUGUGCGCCGCAUUUCUCUAGAGCUGAAAUGCAAAAACACUCCUUCACUUUAUCAUAUGAAUAAGUAUAAACAGCCUCUGAAUAACUAUGCACAUGUGAUCCCUUAACUGGUGAAUGAAUCUUUCAUAAAGGACCAUGCUCUUAUUACGCCUUCGUUGGCAUAUUCUUACCACACAGGAGACAUACCAAGAGCUUACUGCAGUUAAUUUUAAUAGGUGGUUGUAGUAUACUGAAUUCACCAUUAUCCAAGGCCAAGCAGGCCCAGGGCCUUACUUGAGCCCUAACCCUCAGCCACGUCCCUCUUUACCCUUCCCCCUUUCAAUAAAGUUUAUCACCACCAUGAUCGUCAGCCACGAGACAUGCACCACAAAAACAUCAUAUGAAACGACUGUGCAUUCUUUUUGUUUUCCUUGUUCUGCAGUCACAUCGAGCACUAAUUAAACACUCACUCCCCACUCACAGGGUUUAAAGAGUUGCAGAUUAUCAAAAUAGAUUAACAUGCUUCCUACGGCAUCCCUCAGUGCACCGUUGGGACUCUAAACAGUGAGUUAAUCAGUCUCAUUGAAAGUUCAGCUUAACAGAACUGCACUGCUGAAUCUGUGGAAACUAAAUGAAAGCCACCAUUGCUAGUCACCUUAUCGGAGAAUUGAGCUUGCCAAUGUUCAUUCUGAAGGGUGUCAAAAACGUCGAUUCAGCACCUUCUCAAAAUUUGUGACGCAACAUCUUUUGAUGUAACAAGAUAGUGCCAACAAUUGGCUGGUGCAGUUAAUGGUUUUUAGAAAAAAUCCAUCAGCCAACUUUUGCAUGAGUCUCCGUAGUGGUGAUUUCUGAAUUACCUUCAACUAACUGGGGUUCUCUAAAAUGCACCCAAAUCGCAGUGCACAGGCAUUUUUGCAUACCACCUCGAUCGAAAUGCGGAUGCACAGCAGCUGAAAAUCGAACCCACAACCUUGUGCUUGGCGGCAGGACGUCACGUAGCCACUGAGAUACCCUGGCAUGCUUUGGUAAAAGUAAGGCUUUCGACACAUUCGGGGUAGUAAACCAGCGUUUCCCCUUGACGCGUCUUUUCUUAGUGUCCCUUCAACAUGUGCAAGUCUGUUGGGGCAAAGUACAAAAGACAUACACACAUCUAUCAGCCUCUGUCUAGGAUGUCUGGGACUAUGGUUAUUGUUCUCCUCAGCUGUAAUUCUGCACACUCUUGAUGUCCAAUUUAGCUUUGUCAUUCUGUAGCGUAAACAGUUUGCAAAGUAUGGUGCCUGUGGUGUGCUUGUUUAAGACCCCUGCUUUAAUGAAGCGUUGACCAAAGGUGUAGGGUCAAAUUGUUCCUCCUGCAGCAGUAUAUAUAUAUAUAUACACUAUUCUGGAUAAUAAAAUGCUUUCUUGCCAAAUGG